CAACGACCGCGGAAGAAAUCCAGUUCCAGCUUUUCCCUCCCGCUCGUCGGGGAGGUCACGCGGCGUGGAGGACAGGAAGAAGUCUUAUUCCUCAACGCCGCUCAAGAUCAUUCCAAUUAACACCUGAUAACACCUAAAAGCGAGCCAAACAAUGAGCGGCGCGGCGUGUCGGAGCGUCCUGCGGGCGACCGGCUCCUGUGCUGCAGCCUCCUCCUCCGCCUCCUCCUCCUCCUCGGGCCGCCGUGGCUGGGUCGCGACCUCCACCCCCUGCGGUGCGCCCCGCAGAGGGCUGUCCGCGGCGGGCAGCAUCAACGUGUUCAACCGGGACAUGAAGAAGAGGCAGAAGGACUGGGCGGCGGCGCUGCGGGACGGACACCAGUACGACUACCUGCGGGACGAGGUUGGCAGUCGAGUGGCCGAUCGGGUCUAUGACGUCGCCAGGACGUUUCCUUUGGCUCUGGACAUCGGCGCUGGUAAAAGUCACAUUGCAGAGCAUCUCAGCAAGGACGUGGUGGAGCGCUUGUUCCUGACGGACGUCUCGCGGGAGGCUCUGAAACAAACCAGACGGAGUGAAAUCCCGACUCAUCGGAUUCUUGCUGACGAGGAGUUUCUGCCGUUUAAAGAAAACACCUUUGACCUCGUUUUGAGCAGCUUGAGUCUGCACUGGAUCAACGACCUGCCUGGAGCUCUCAGACAGAUCCACCAGGCGCUGAAGCCGGACGGCGUGUUCAUCGGGGCGAUGGCGGGCGGCGAGACGCUCUACGAGCUGCGCUGCUCCCUCCAGCUGGCCGAGACCGAGAGGGAGGGGGGCUUCUCCCCCCACGUGUCCCCCUACACCGCCGUCACGGACCUGGGGAACCUGCUGGGCCGGGCCGGCUUCACCAUGCUCACCGUGGACACCGAUGAAGUUCAGGUUCACUACCCGGGAAUCACUGAAGUCAUGACGGACCUUCAAGGGAUGGGUGAGAGUAACUGUGCGUGGAACAGGAGGUCGAUGCUGCACAGAGACACCAUACUAGCAGCAGGAGCCAUUUAUAAAGAGAUGUACGGCAACGAGGACGGCUCCGUGCCGGCCACCUUCGAGGUCCUCUACAUGAUCGGCUGGAAGCCUCACGAGUCUCAGGCCAAACCAGCAAAGCGAGGCUCGGCCAACAUGUCCUUUGGGGAUUUGUCAAAGAUCGGCCAGCCGACCAGCACGGAGGCGUCGUAGGUUCCCCUGAGCCAACAAACCGCCGACAUCCCGCACAUUGUAAAUAAUAUAUUUUAUUAAAACGCCAAGGAGAUGUGCUGUCAUUACCUGGAAUAAAAUGAGCAACGAACCAAAAGGGCUCCAUGAGAACAUUUCUUCCUCUCCGACCACACAGCGCAUGAUGCUGAGGAAAGGAGCUUCUGACGGAGACGUUUCAUGACGCUACUUACGUGUAGAUCUCAGCCUGAGGAGGCUUGAGACCCAUAAUGUCGCUAGUUAUCAAGAUCACAACCAGUUAGUUCUAUUUGUGACAUCUGACUAACCACAUUUUUUUCCCCACUGCAACCUCUUAAGUCGUAACUUCCUCUUGACUCAAAAUAGAAAGCGUUAUUCGCCGUGUGUCACUUAACGAGGUCCCCAGGCUGCAGAGAUGUUGCUCCCGCUCUGCUUCGUCCUCGCUGGAUGUUUCUGUUCCAGCUUCGCCGAUACUCCUCAGCAGACUGUGCUGCAGGGCACCGAGGCCACGCUGCUCUGCCCCGACGAGAAGCCAGACGUCACCUGGAGACGGUUCAUAAACGGCAAAAAGGUGGUUCUUCUCACCGUCCAAAAUGGCAUCGAGACGAUUAAAGACAAACGCUACGGUUCCCGGGCGCCGACCUCCCUGGUGAUAAGAGACGUUACGUCAUCGGACUCUGCCAUGUAUUGGUGCAACGGGAAGAAGGUGUAUCUAAACGUGACAGAGGGGGUGGGUCCUGAUGCCGGACACGAGGGCCGCACGCCAGCACCCGGCGGUCCGGGCCCGAGGGGAACCGCUGGAGACGCAGAGCCACGGCGUGGGAGGGGACCCGUUGGGAUGGUGGUGGGAGCCUCGCUGGUGGUUUUGGGGGUUUUAACCGUGAACUUCUGCUACCGAAACCAAACGGAGAAAAGCACCGAGCUGCACGAGACGGAGGCGAUUUAUGAGGAGAUCCAUGUAGGCGUGGAGUCUUAUUUUGAAAGUCCGCACCACGUCACACGCGUCGGAGAAAUGGCAAACGAGCUCCUCACCGGAGGACAGGAGUGUGUUUACUCCCUCGCCCAAAGCUCACUGAGCACAGGAAGUGAGAGUGUGAAAGACUCCUGUCAUCUUUCUCACUGAUCUAAUCACCAUAGAAAUAUUCAGGCAUUAUGCAAUAGAGCCGAUGCAUCCGUUUUCACACCUAACAUUCAAAUAAAUGCUCUUGAGGAA